AUGAUUUUGGUUGUCAGAAGACUUGGAAGAAAAGAUUUGGGGACCUACAGUUGUGUCUGCACCAAUUCUUUGGGACAUUCGGAGGCCACAGUUCGAGUUUAUGAAAUAAAACUGGCAACAAAAUCGCCAUCGCAUCAUACAACCCACAAGGCUUCUACCACAACUUUUCCAGGAAGGAGAUAUCAUUGGACAGAAACUACUACAAAUAUUAAUGGUCAAUUAACCCAAGAAGUCCACAAACGUUCCGGCCAAACGACUUCAAGAAGUCGUUACGUAACCAACGAACCAUCAACAUCAAAAGCAACCACCAACCACCAUAUCAACAAUAUCAUUAACACUUUGGAAAAAGAACGAUAA